UUUCGUAAAAGACGAAACAAAACUAAUCAUUGCGCGCCUUUAUAACAACGAGAAGUCAUGGUAGCAAGUACCAUCUUCAUUUCCUCUAAAAGAUAGAAUAAAAUACUCUCCGGUUGCGAGCAUGGAUGCUUUUGAGAGAAACUACAGAUCACAUGGUGUUAAUGUUACUUCGGAGGAGGAUUACUUUGAGGAGCCUGUUGAGAACAUUGGUGCGAAGCUUGCUAGGCAAGCAGCUGCAAAGACCAGUGACUUGGCUGGUCAUGGUGUUGUUCUUGCACAAGGUUUUAUUGAUGAGUGUGUCAAGGUGGUGGCUGAUGGUGUAAACCCUGUAUUGGUCUCUAAAGGCAUUGACAAGACAGAAAAGGUUUUGGUUUACGAGCUAGACCUAAUGUCUAAGGGCCGUAACGCGGGAAACGACCCUGAAACUGGAAGUAUGAUUGCUGAAGCAAAGAGAAGAGUUGCCAAGAACGAUGUGUUGGUCAUUCAUGAGGGCAAAAGCGCUGAGAAUAAUGUUUACGCAGACUAUGGUAAUGGUUGCGAAUACUAUAUGGUGAACACUGAGAGACUGUUGGGGGAGUACCAUAAUUGUGAGGUACAGGUUCAAGACAGUGAAGUUGCAGCUGUUAGCAACCCUGGAGCUGUAAGAAUGAUUGCUGAAGCAAAGAGCAAAGUUGGCAAGAACGGUGUGGUGGUCAUUGAUGAGGGCAAAAGCGCUGAGAAUAAAGUUUACGCAGUGGAAGGAAUACAAUUUGACAAUGGUAAUGAUUCCGAAUACUUUAUAACGGACUAUGAGAGAAUGUGUGUGGAGUACGAUAAUUGCAAGUUGCUUCUUGUUGACCAUAAGAUUACCAAUGAAAGAGAGCUUGUUGAGUUUAUGGAGAAUGUGACUAGAGGUGGAGACCCCAUCAUCAUAAUCGCAGAAGACAUUGAGAAAGAACCUUUAGAUACUCUGGUUGUUAGAAAGUCUAGAGGGAAAUGGAACGUCGCAUCAGUUAAGGCUCCUGGUUCUGGAGAGCUCAAGAGCCAGUACCUUGACGAUAUCGCCAUUAUAACUGGAGCAACUGUGAUAAGAGAGGAAGAUGGUCUUACUCUGGACAAAGCUGGGAAAGAGGUUUUGGGUAAUGCCUAUAAAGUUGUCAUCACCAAGGAGAUGACAACCAUUGUGGGCGAUGGCACCACACAUGAAGCAGUGAGCAAGCGUGUUGCAGAGAUUAAGAGUCUUAUUGAGCAAGCGGAGCGAGGCUCUGAGAAGGAAACAUUGAACGAGAGACUUGCUAAGCUUUCUGGUGGAGUUGCUGUAAUACAGGUUGGAGGACAAACUGAGACAGAGCGCAUAGAAAAGAAGCUAAGGUUUGAAGAAGCCCUUAACGGUACAAAGGGUAGUGUUGUUGGUGGUGGUUGCACUCUCCUUGGUCUUGCGGCCAAGGUUGAUGCCAUCAAGGAUACUCUUGAAAACGAGGAAGAGAAGGUUGGAGCAGACAUCGUUAAAAAGGGACUGAGUAACGCUGGUGAGGGUGGAAGCGUUGUGAGCGAGAAGGUUCUAAGAGGUUCCUUGGAACAUGCUGCCUCUGCUGCAAAGAAGUUCUUGAUGUCUGGGAUUAAGGAGCGGGAAGCUGGCAACCCAAUGAACAACAUCUCAGGGUGGUUACUGAGAUAGAUCAGCCGGGUUCGCUCUUGGACAUGAGAGAGAGAGAUGAUCAUAUUCCAAAAUAAGCAAGGAUUACUCUACUAGCUUGCAAACAAAUAAUGUAAUGGCUUUUUAAACCAGAGAAUAAUGUGAUCAUUAGAUCAUCAUAUGCAUGGAAUAAUUUUUAAUAAAUUGUCAGUGUUGUAAUGACUUUUGAACCAGAGAAUAAUGUGUUCAUUAGAACACCAAGUCAUUAGAUUUUAUCUAA